AUAAUAAAAAUGUUUCCAAAAUAUUACAUGUACAAGUCCGGAAUUAAUAUUUGCGUAUAAUAUUAUUAGCGGUUUUAUUAUAUUCCCAUUGUCUAUAUCUGUAUAAUUUGAAGUAUAGAUGUCUAGUCUUUACUAGUUCAUUGUAAUCUUGGGAUAGUGAUCAUAUUUUUAUGAAAGUGCUAUUGGAAAUUUAACAAUGCACAAUGUUGGAAGGUUUAGUGGCUUGGGUGUUAAACAAUUAUCUUGGAAAAUAUGUGGAAAAUUUAAAUACCGAUCAGCUCAGUGUAGCACUUCUUUCUGGUAAGGUUGAACUAGAAAAUCUUCCACUAAAGAAAGAUGCAUUACGGCAUUUGGGAUUACCAGUGGAGAUCAAAGCUGGCUUCAUUGGGAAGGUGCAGCUCCAAGUGCCAGUCCGUCAAAUCCGAUCAGUGCCGUGGCUUAUUGCUAUUGAGAAACUUUACCUAGUUGCUGCUCCUGUUAAUCUAGAUGAGUGGGAUGGUGCUGUGGAAGCUACAAUAGCACAUGAGCGAAAGGUCUCAAUCCUUGAUGCGCUAGAAGCCCAGUGGCGAGCUGAACACGAGGCCAGUGACGCGGGUUACUACGCUACAUCCUACUCAUCAUGGCUCAACUACGGGACUGGCUUACUUGCCAAUAUUGUAGAAAAUCUACAGUUGAAAAUAAACGACGUGCACAUCCGUUACGAGGACGCGUUGACGUGCGGCGGGCGCGCGUUCGCGUGCGGGCUCGCGGCCGAGGCGCUGGCGGCCGAGUCGUGCGACGCGGGCUGGCGCCGCGGCUUCACGCCGCUCGACGACCCCUGCUCCUUCAAGCUGCUCGAGCUCGUCAACCUGGCGGUCUACUGGGACCCCAUGCCGGUCGCCGCUAUGAUGGCGGACUGCACGCUGACUGAGCUUACCGAGCGCAUGCGCAGCACGUGGGUGGGCGCGCACCAGUUCGUGGUGCGGCCGGCGGGCGGGUCGGCGCGCGUGCGGCGCGAGCGCUGCGAGGCGCCGCUGCGCGACCGCGCGCGGCCCCGCCUCGCCUGCCACCUCACGCUCGACGCCGUGCUGCUGCGACUCACAUCGCGGCAGUACGGCGAGAUGUGCGGGUGCGCGCGCGGGCUGGAGCGCGUGGCGCGGCUGCGCGAGGCGCGCGCGUCCCGCCCGCUCGUGCCGCUCGCGGCGCACGCGCGCCUCUGGUGGCUCUACGCGCUGCGGGCGCACCUGCCGCACCACACGUGGAUGGACCCAAAGCCAACAUGGGAAACGUGUCUGGAGCAAGCGCGCAAGACGCGGCGUUACGUGGAGAUCUGUCUCAGCAUCCUGUGCAACCCGGCCGCCACGCUGCCACCAGAGGACAAACAAGCCAAAGACGACUUUGAAUGGGCCAACCCGCUGUCCGUGCUUAAACUGUGUAGAGAGGUGGCGAUACGCAAAGUCCCAGUAACGGCCACAGUGCCAGAACAAACUAGUUCAGGUCGGUCGGUGCUGGUGCGGUGGUUUCCCCAGUGGUGGGGCUGGUACGCGACGCCUUCGGACCCCGCGCCCGACCCCGCCGCCAAUCCCCCGGACCCCGCCAGCAACUCGGAUCCCGCCCCCGCGAGAUUGGAACAUGAGAUCUUGGAUGUUAUAGCGGAUUCCCUGGAUGAUAAUACUUUGCUAAGGAGAGACGCGCUCUUCGGUCUCUUCGAGUUCACCUUGAACACCGGCUCUUUUGAUCUGUGCACUGAGGGCGAAGAUGGUACCGUGAGCGGCGAGGGGGGCGAGGGUGCGGGUGCGGGUGGGGGGGGUGUGGAGCUGCAGUUCAGCGCGGUGCGCGUGCGCGUGGAGUCGCGGCCGCGCGCCGGCGCGCACUCGCUGCACGCGUCGCUGGGCGCCGUGUGCCUGCGCGACCGGAUCAACCCGCGCACGCUCUUUCCAGUGCUCGUCGCCCCCCAGGGCAUGAUCCGCGAAGGGCUGAGCGCGAUGAACCCAGCGGCGAGCGCGGCGACGUGGUGGCGCACGCAGCAGGCGCCAACCGUGCCCGCCGCGCCUGCGCCCGCGCCGCCCGACGACGAGCCGCUGUUCCAGUUCACGUAUGAGAAACGGCCCCUUGGACUCAACUGUGACCAUAGGCUGCGCGUGAAGUCCCGCUCGGUGGAGGUGGUGUGGUGCGUGGAGGCGGUGCGCUGGGCGCAGCGCUGGGCGGCGGCGGGCGGCGCGGGGCCGGGCCGCGCCAUCGCGCACGUGCGCGACCACACGCGCGCCACGCUGCGCACGCACUACGAGCGGCUGCUGCGCGCGCGCCGCACGCCGAAUGAUCGUCGAGCCUGGCAAGUGGAAUUGGACAUAUCAGCGCCGCAGAUCUUGUUCGUGGAGGAUCUGUGUGAUCGAGACGCUUCCGUGCUGGUGGUGGAUUUCGGCAGGUUGCGGCUCGCCAACGCCAAUUUGGUGGAGGAGGAGGAGCCCAAGCCGCUAUCAGUGGAUGACGAUGAAGAGACGUUCAUGACGCCGUGCUCGACGCCGCCGGGCAGCCUGCUGUCGCCGGGCUCGCCGCCCGACGCGCCCGACGCGCCCGGCGCUGCGCCCGCGCCGCGCCCGCUCGACCCCGCGCACCUGCACACCAGCCUCUACGACCGAUACAAGAUAGAGCUGAGUGACCUACAGCUGCUUGUGGGGCGCGCGCGUGACAACUGGAAAUACGCACACACCAAGGCUACUUCGGCGCUGCAUCUUCUCGACCGAUUCAGCAUCUCAUUACAAGCGGAGCGGCGCGUGGUGCAGACGAGCGACCCGCAGUACCCGACGGCGGCGCUGUGCGGCUCGCUGCCCGCGCUCGUGGCGCACCUCUCCGAGCACAAACUGGCCGCGCUGCGCAGCGUGCUCGCCGCGCACACCGCGCGCCGCCCCGCGCCCGCGCCGCACGUGCCGCACCCAUCUCCGAACGAAGACGGCUUAGAAGACGACGAAGAAGAGGAAGAUAGCAGUAUCAGCUCGGAAACAGAACAGUCAGAGUUCUCUACGCACAACAAUGCCACACUGCUCUUGUUGCAGUUUGCAAUAGAUCAGCUUUCUGUAGAGGUGCAGUCGCGCGGGCGCAGCAUCGCGGAGGUGCAGGUGUGCGGCGUGCGCGCGGCGGUGAGCGCGCGGCCGUGCGACACCUCGCUGUCGCUCUCCGUGCACUCGCUGCUGCUGGUGGACGCGCUGCAGACCUACGGCCCGGACUUCGAGCUGCUCGUGGCCAGCCACAAGCACGUGGGCAUGGACACGACGUCGGGCAGCAUCCGCGGGUCGGAGCCCACGUCGCCCACGUCGCCCGCGUCGCCCUCGUCGCGCGCGCCCCCGCCCGCGCCCUCGCCGCGCGACCUGCACCAGGCGCUGCACUCGCUGCACAACACUUACAUUCCUGACGCUGGACGAACAAGUCCAUCUCCAAGUUGGAUGGCGGGAGCCAGCAUGAACUCUAGCUACGGGACCGCUGGGGUCACGGGGCCACGCGGCUACGGCACGGGGUGGGGCAGCGGUUGGGGCUCAGACGGGGCCGCCUGGGGCACGCCUGGGCUCGUGGAUUCUGAAGCGCUCAUUGCAGUUGAACUGUGUAUAGUUAAAGGCGAUGGAACUUCUGAAGAAUUGAGGAUUGCUAAUAUUCUCUUCAACAAUUUGGAUGUUAUAGCGAACCAAGAGACGAUAGUGGAGCUGAUCGGGUUCGCGCACCGCGUGGCGGGCGGGGGCGCCCCGCCGCCCGCGCACCGCUCGCCGCUCGCGCCCCCCGCCGCGGGGGACACGGGGGACGCGGGGGACGCCGGGGACGCCGGGGACGAGCCCAAGGCGGGCGUGCGGGCGGAGAUCACGUUCGACUUCCACCGGCUGGGCGUGCUGCUGCUGCGCGCGGGCGUGCGCGAGGGCGCGCUCGUCGCCAACAAGAUCGCCACCGCCACGCUCGGCGACGCGCGCAUACAGGCCACGCUCAACGGUUCGAGCGUUGAAGUGAGCGGCUCCCUGGGCGGGGUGCAAGUGGUGUCAGUAUCCGAGAAUGCCGGCCUGCACUCGCGCAUCCUAUCGGCGGGCCGUACCCCUCCUGCCCCGCUGGCCCCACUGGCUCCAUUAGCCCCACUGGCCCCGAGGCCGCCAGAUACGCAAACGAGUGAUGAAAAGGCGUUAUUCUUUACUAUAUCGAGGAAUGUACAACCACCUAACGACGAUGAAAUGCCCGUGGUGGAAGUGAACGUGCAGGUGCAAGUAGCUAGCGUGUGGUACACGCAUUCCGGGCCGCUGCUGCGGGAGCUGCAGAGCUGCCUCACGGAGUUCAAGCAGUACUUGGCGAACCUCGCACGGUCCAUUCGCGCCGCCGCCGCCGACAUGGCCAUUGGCUUGGUGCAUCCCAGGACGGACAGUCUGUACGCGAAUCCUAAACUAUCGCAGUCCACGGAAGGCGUGUCCCCGCGGCGGCGCACCACGAGCUUGGGCAACUCCUUAGAUGAGCCUGAUAGAGAUCCUCACCAAUUGAUCCUCAGCGUGAGCGUGGAGCUGGAGUCGCCGGUGGUGGUGGUGCCGUGCGCGGCGCACAGCGCCAGCGUGUUCGUGGCGCACCUGGGCCGCAUGAGCCUCGCCAACCGGCCCGGCGCGCCCGCCCGCUCGCUCUACCGCGUGCGCGUGCGCGACAUCUGCCUCGUCUCCCUGGACGUAUCGGAGCGGCUGCAGCAGCAGCAGCGGCAGGCGCAGCAGCCGCUGAGCAUGCAGGCGCUGUACGACGUGGCGGGCGGGCGGCCCGUGCUGCACGACACCGCGCUGCACCUCGCCGUCGCGCUGCAGGAUGCCGAUCAGCAGCCGCAGUGCCAAGUGGAGGGCAAAGUAGUGGGCGGGCUGCACGUGACGGCGAGCCGCGAGCAGUACGAGCAGCUGCUGGAAACUGUGCGCUGGGUCGCCGGAGACGCGCCCGCGCACCCGCCCGCGCACCCCCCCGCGCACCCGCCGCAAGACGACCCGCUUGCUGAUCAGACGAGCACGCUGGCGGAGGGCGCGGUGCCGACGCUGCGGCUGGACCCGGCGGUGCGCGCCGCCGUGCUGGCCGUGCCGCCCCCCGCGCCCGCGCCGCCGCCCGCGCCCACGCACACCUCCACUAUCGUGACGUUUGAGUUGCCCAACUUUACGGUGGAGUUGCGCGCCGACCUGGGCGCCGGCGAGCGCAGCCUCGUGGCGCUCACCUUCAGGGAAUUCUCGCUGAAGCACUCGCACUUACACCCCCACGAGACCACGCUACAGGUGUCGCUGUACUCGAUCACGAUGGAGGACCUGACGAAGGACCCUGACUCUCGGCACCGCAUGCUGAUGGUGUCGCACUCGCCGCCGAUGCCGCCCAAGGCCGUGUUCGUGUCCAAGUCCUGCCCCGACUUCUCCUGGCACGCGAGCGCCGCCCCCGCCCUGCCCCCGGCCCCGCCCUUCGUGCGUCGCCCCUCGCUGCCCUCGGGACUUAAUGUCACUGAUAAUAAAUCGGAGAAAGAGCGGUUGCGAGAAAAGCAAGAUAGCAGAUGUGGCCCCACCCCGCCCUGCUCCCCGGUAGAGGGCGCGGCGGGCGGCGAGGGCGAGCCCGGCGACGGGGACGCCGCUGACGAUAACCUCGUUUGGGUCUCCGUGCACACGCGAGAUCCGCAGCAUCCGCACUUCAAUGACAAGUUUAAUAAGGACCUGGCGCCGCGCGCGCCGCUCUGGCGCGACCGCCUGCGCACGCGCCAGCGGGACGCCCUCACGCUGCACUACCACCGAUUGAGUCCAGCGGCCGCGUCGGAAGCCGGGUACGAGACGAGUUUAGAGCUGGAUAUGGGGCCGCUGACUUACGUGCACACGCGUCGCUUCGUGUUGGAACUGCAGGCGUUUGCGCGUGACUUCAGUCUCCUACGGCACGUCAUCGUGCAGGCUCGUCGAAAGGUGUCGAGCGUGGCGCGCGCGGCGCAGGCGGCGCGCAUGCGGCUGAAGGUGCGCUGCGCGGCGCCGCUGAUCGUGCUGCCGGUGUCGGGCCGCAGCCGCGCCGCGUGCGCCGCCGAGCUGCGCCUGCUGCACGUGGACAACUGCUUCCGCCGCGCCGGCGACCCCGCCACCGUCAGCACGCUGCUCGACCCCAACCGCCCGGAGCGCGAGCUACUGGACGUGCGCACGAUUCGUCUGGAGGGCUUGUCGGUGUGGUGCGCGGAGGGCGGGGGCGGGGGCGGGGGCGCGCGCGGCGUGCGCGUGCGCCGCGUGGGCCCGCCGCUGCUGCCCGCGCCCACGCACCUCUCGCUGCAGCUCGAGAUCAACUGCGAUAAAACGCACAAUGUGGCUGACAUGACGAUGCAAGGCACGCUGACGACCCUUCAAGUGUCGCUGGAUGCGGCGCAGUACCGACUCAUCCGCGGCGUGUUGGCGCACAACCUGGGCGAGGCUUGCCCUGAGCUCAUAGCGCCUGACCCCGCGCCGCAAGCGCCGGGGCAAGUGGGGGCAGACAACGUGUGGCGUACUUGGUCUCUGCAACUGCACUUGCAGGACGUGCAGGUGCAGCUGCGGCGUGCGGACGCGCCGCCGCUGGCCGCCGUGCACUUCAUCAAGUCGCGGUUACUUCUCGACUCGUACUCCGACACCAGCCAGGAUAUAGACCUCGUGUCACAGGAGAUCCUGGUAUGCGACAGCCGGUACUCGUCGGAGCCGGCCAACCGGCGCGGCAACGUGUUCAGCCGCAUCGUGCAGCCGCAGCCCGACCACCCGCACACCGUGCAGGCCGAGCUGCACGCCAGGAAACGUCCGGACUCAUCAGCGUACACUAUAAUGGUGAACAACAUGCGUCUGAUGGCUAUCCUGGACUGGUGGGAGGCGGCCAACCAGUUCAUUAUGCAGCCACCGCCGCCACCCGCAGAUCCUGACCAGCUAUACUUUGAGGAAAGGUCGCCAGAAUACGGGGGGCUAGACCCCAGCAACGCAGAGGCCGGCGGGGAGGCGCCUGCGCCACCCGAGCCCAUGGAGCUGAAGCUGAACGUGACCGACUCGCAGCUCGUGCUCGUGGAGGACGCGUCCGUGUGGGACACUAAUGCUGUGAUAUUGAAGAGCACGACGGUGAUCACGUACCGCGUGGCGGAGGAGCGCGCGCUGGUGUGCGAGGUGAGCGAGCUGGAGGUGUUCUCGUGCGUGCUGGGGCUGGAGGACGAGACCGCGCUCGCCAUCGUCGACCCCGCCGCGCUGCACCUCGCGCUGCGCGCCGACCGCGUGCUGCACGUGGAUAUGGGCACACUUAACCUACGUCUGUCUUACCACGAUAUGCGCAUGUUUGCUGCCAUGCUGCAAUCACUGCCUGCGCAAGCGAGACUCGCGCUUUCAGACAAAACCGAGGCCGGUGCGGACGCUCGCGAUGAGCCGGCGAACAGCGUGCACAUGCGCGCCAACAACAACGCGUCCCGCCUCGUGGCGCCGCGCUGGCUGCGCGCCAACUCGCACCCGCACGCGCACGCGCACGCGCACGCGCACGCGCACUCGCCCGCUGCGAGCACGCAGCCCGCUCCGGGCAGGGCUUUGAGAGCUGUGCAGGUGAGCGCGGAGAGCGUGACGCUGUGCGUCAUCGACGACUGCCUCGACUCCGACGUGCCGCUGCUCGAGUUGUCGCUUGCGGACCUGCAGCUCGAACAGGAUUUGAGAAAAGUGGAAGAGGCGUUCGAAGAUCCCAUCCUAGUAUCGACGCCAUCAGGCAGCACCAGCGGCGCGGUCACCGAGGGCGCGGUGGUGCCGAUGGGCGCUGCGGGCGGCGCGGGGGGCGCGGGGCGGCGCACCGCCGCGGGCGGGGGGCGCCUAAAGGCGUUGCUCACGCUUGACUACUACAACCGCAUGUUGUCUGGUUGGGAGCCGAUUGUGGAACCGUGGAGGUUUGAAAGUCGCUGGGAGUACACGCUAUCAAGUGCGCUCUCCCUGCGCCGGCUUCAGCUGGAGAUAUCGUCUUCUGAGAUACUUAACACUAACAUCACGUCCGCGCUCGUCGACCUCAUCCGGCUCGUGAGGACCAACUGGACCGCCGAUUAUUAUGCGCCUCAGCAGGGCUCGAGCCAAGGGGAGCAGUCGCCGAAGGGCAGCCCGGCGGGGCACCGGCGCCGCUCGCCCUUCGUGCCGUACGCGCUGCGCAACCUCUCCGGCCACCGCCUCUGGUUCACCACGCUCACCACCGCCUCUGAUGAGUUGCGGGAGGGUGGCGAAACAAAGUCAUGGUCAGGGCCAGAUGACUCUUGGGUGUGCGUGCGCGCGGGCGACACUGAGCCCUUCUCGUUUGGGGCACGGCGCGGAAGAGCGCGUGGCGGGGCGCCGGCGCCUUCGGGUUCCGCGCCCUCAGACCCGGCGCCCCUCGCGCCGCUUCACCGCCUCGUAGUGCGGGUAGACGGUUGGUCGCCGCUGGACCCCGUCUGCGUUGACCGAGUGGGCGUCUUCUUCAGACAUAUUACACAUAAUAAAACCGGGUCGGAAGCGCGCGUGGUGCUGGAGGUGUCGCUGGAGGGCUCGGCGCGCAAGCUGGUGACCGUGCGCUCGGCGCUGUGCCUGCGCAACGACCUGCCGCACGCCGUCGAGGUGCGCCUGCACCACGCGCACGCGCACGCGCUCCCGCACGCGCACGCGCACGAGCACGCAGUGCUGCAGCGGCGGGGCGGGGCGAGCGGGGCGCGCGGGGCGAGCGGGGCGAGCGGCGUGCGCGCCGUGUGCGCCGCGCUGCAGCGCCGCGCCGCGCUGUGCGCCGCCCCGCUGGCGCGCCUGCCCCCGCGCCUGCCCGUGUUCCUCGGCUGCGGCGAGUGGGGGGAGUGGGGGGAGUGGGGCGAGUGGGGCGGCGCGGGGGCGCGCGGCGCGACGGUGGCGGCGGGCGGGUGGUGGGCGGCGCCGCUGAGCGCGCGCGCGCCCGUGCUGUGGACGCGGCCGCUGGUGCGCGCGCGCCCGCCCGCGCCCGCGCCCGCGCCCGCGCCGCUGGACUGGCGCGCCGCGCCCGCGCACCCCGCGCUGCUGCACUACGAGUGCCGCGCGCCGCACGACUACGUCUACAGGUUUUGCUGUGUGAUAAUUCGGGAGCGAUUCCCGCUGGAGCGCGGGGAGCCGCUGGCGGGGCACACGCUGCGGCUGGUGGCGGCGCUGCGGCUGGAGAACCUGCUGCCGCUGGAGCUGCAGUACCGCGCCGGCGCCGUCGCCGGGGCGCUGCCCGCCGCGCACACGGAGCCCUUCCACCAGUUGGAUGUAGAGGAAGGUGUCGAGAUAACCGUAAAGUUGGAAGGAUUCGGCUGGUCUUCCGCCCUCAGCGUGGGCGGCGGAGGGGGGUCUAACAACUCUUUCUCGGCGAGACUCAAGUUGCGAGAUGUGAAAGGACGAAGAUUGUACUUGAAUGCGAGAGUCACCGUUAAGAAAACCGAUGGGAUUAAGGUGUCGAUCUCGGCGGCGUACUGGCUGGUGAACCGCACGGGGCUGCCGCUGGUGUUCCGCGCGGAGGGCGGCGGCGGCGGCGGCGAGGCGGCGGGGCAGUUCGCGGAGCACGAGCUGGCGCGCAUGGUGGCGCCGCUGCCCUUCGCCUUCGCGGACGGCGACGGGCCCACGCUCAGCGCGCGCCUGGGCACCGCGCUGGCGCCGCACCCCGAGUGGUGCUCGCCGUUCGGGCUGGGCCCCGGCGUGGCGGUGAAGCGGCUGGAGGCGGGCGGCGGCGAGGAGCGCGCCUACAGCGUGGGCGUGAGCGUGCGCGCCGGCCGCGGCCGCCACCGCCGCACCAACGUGGUCACCUUCACGCCGCGCUACCAGAUCCACAACAACACCUCGCGCGCGCUGCAGCUCGCGCAGAAGUGCACCGCCACCACGCUCAGCGACCCCGGCGCGAUGGCGACGCACGUGUCGGCGGUGGCGGGCUGCUACCUGCCGUGGCACUGGGCGCGCUGGGACCGCGAGCCGCUGCUGUGCGUGCGCGUGCUGCCCGACCCCGCCCCCAGCGCCGCCCCCAGCGCGGGGGGCAGCCACGCCGCGGCGCCGCUCACCGCGUGGUCGGGCGGCUUUAAGAUCGACGCGCCGCGGAGUUUGCACAUCGCCUGCAGGGAGAGCGGCGGCUCGUACCUGAUCCUGCGCGUGGAGGUGGUGCGGCAGAACGCGGCGCUGCUGGUGGUGCUGACGGACGCCGAGUGCGCGCCGCCGCCGCUCAGGAUCGACAACUGCUCGCCGGUCGCCAUCAUGUUCCACCAGGUGGGCAGCAGCGAGGAGAGCGUGGUGCGGUCGGGCGCGCGCGUGCGCUGGGCGCUGCCCGAGCCCGAGGGCGCGCGCGCGGUGGCGCUGCGGGCGCCCGGCGGCCCGCGCCUGCCGCUGCCGCUCGACGCGCUGCACUCGGCGCACGCGCUGCUCUACCAGAACUUCAUCUACGUGUGCUUCCCCGCGCCCUCCCCCUCCACCGCCACCGCCGCCGCCGACCUCGUGCUCGAGGUGCCCGCCGGCUCCACGCGCGUGCAGCUCGCUACCAAGCGAUACGGUGACAGGUCGCAGCUGUGGCGGCGCGGGCCGGGCGGGCAGCUGAUCCACGAGGGCAGCUCGCCGCCACAGCCCACCGACGCCAUGCUCUCCGACGACACCACCAUCUCGCCGCACGCCAUGGUGCUGGACAUCGAGGGCGCGGCGCCGCGGCCGGGCGUGCAGGCGGCGCUGGUGCUGCGGCGCGCGGACGGGCGGCGCGCGUCCACGCAGGCCUGGCGCCUGCUGCCCGACGGCCGCAUGGCGUGCGCGCACCGCAACCUGUGCGUGCAGCCCGCCGGCGGCCUCAUGGCGCUCGCCCCCGGAAACCGCGUAGCGUUAGGGCUGGCGGGCGAGGCGGGCGAGGCGGGCGUGGUGCCGCCGGAGCAGCGCGUGCGCUGGCGCACGCUGCGCCCGGGCUCGGGCCGUCUCAGUGUCACGCUCACCGCGGACGGUCCCACCCGCCUCAUACGUAUCAUGGACACUGUGCAGUCGGAAUCUACCAAAAUCGAGUGUGCGGAUGACGAGGAGGAGGAGCAAGCGAAGCUAGAGGAGAGCGCUGGUGAUUCGGGCUCGUGGGGCGAGUGGGGCGUGUGCGUGUCGCUGGAGGGGCUGGGCGUGUCGCUGGUGGCGGGCGUGGAGCUGGUGUACGCGCAGUUCCUGGGCGUGCGCCUGGACCUGGCGCGGGACGCAUCCGCCGCGCGCCUGUCGCUCUCCGUGCACGACAUGCAGUGGGACAACCAGGUGAGGGCGCUACUCGUCACCAUUUUGAAAAUUUUAUUUUAUACAAUAAAAAAAGGCAAAGACUUAUUGAUGCCUCUUAACUUAGCGGGCGCGGGGGGCGCGGGGGCGCUGCCCGCGCUGCACGUGGCGCUGGAGAUGCAGCGCGCGCCGCCGCCGCGCUACAACGCGCGCUACUUCACGCACCUGCUGCUUGCGCUGCGGCCCAUCGCGGUUAAGCUCGAGGAGAGGCUGAUCCUGAUGGUGUGGCAGUGGCUCCAGCAGCCGGAGGGCGAGGAGGUACCGGACGAGGCAGAGUGGGAGACGCGGCGCGUGCUGGACGAGCUCACCGCGCUGCACGCUACCCGCUACUACUUCGCGCUCAUCAAGCUGCUGCCCAGCCAGAUCCGGCUGUCGAUGUCGACGUCGAGCAAGGUGGAGGGCGGCGCGGGCGCGCUGCGGCGGCGGCUGGGGCUGACGCUGAUCCGCUUCGAGGACGCGGCCGUGGAGCUGGAGCCGUUCCUGCGCGCGCACGCCUUCGACACGGCGCCCGCGCUCGCGCGCGACGUGCUGCAGCACUUCAAAGAUGAAUUGAAAUGGCAAGCUGCUAAAAUCCUGGGUUCAGUGGAUUUCUUGGGUAAUCCCUUGGGAUUCGUCGCGGAUGUGUCGGAGGGCGUGACCGGUCUGAUACUUGAAGGAAAUGUAGCUGCGUUACUACAAAAUCUCACACAUGGCAUAUCGAACUCCGCAGCCAAAGUUACAGAGACGCUGGGCGACGGGCUGGAGCGCGUGGUGUGCGACGAGGCGCACGAGGAGACGCGGCGCCGCAUCCGCGCGGCCGCCGCCGGCGCGCGCCUCGCCGCCGGCCUGCGCGGCCUCGGCCUCGGCCUGCUCGGUGGCAUGACGUCGCUAGUGAAGCACAGCUAUGAAGGCGCCACUGCGGAGGGGUUGCCGGGGUUCAUCGCGGGCGUCGGCAAGGGGCUCGUGGGCACCGUCACCAAGCCCGUCAUCGGCGUGCUCGACCUCGCCGCUGAGACCGCGGCUGCAGUCAGGGACUCCAGCCGCAAGGGCAUCCGCGGGGGGCGCGGUGCGGGCGGGGAGCGCGUGCGGGCGCCGCGCGCGCCGCCGGCGGCUCUGCUGGCGCGCUACAGCGCGGCGCAGGCGCACGCGGCCGCGCGCCUCUACGCGCUCAACGGCGGCGACUACGCCGAGCGGCUGCUGGCGCACCGCGCCGUGCGCGACACGCCGCACGACAUCCAGGCGCUGCUCUCCGACUGCUACCUGCGCAUCUUCACCUGCAAGGGCGCGCAGCCGCAGAUCGUUAUGGAGACGCACCUCAGCAACCUGGUAUCGUGCACGGCGGUCACCGUGGACGGGGCACACUUCGUGGAGCUGGGCGUGCGCGGGGGCUGCGGCGGGGGUGGAGGCGCGGGCGCGGGCGGCGGCGGCGCGGGGGGCGCGGCCGAGGGGCUGCGGCGGCCGCGCGUGCAGUGCGACUCUCGCGAGCUGGCGCGCUGGCUCGCGCGUCACGCGGCGCACGCGCGGCAGCUGCACCACGACCGCACGCACACGCUCGUGCCGCACGACGAUGUAUAACUUCCUCUACACGUAGAUGUAGCUGUAUAUAUAUACGUUAUAAAUGCCGGCGUGACCGGAUACAUACACGCUCGCAGUAUAUGCGCACGCAACUGCUUGUGCCGCAUGACGAUGUAUGACCUUGUGUACACACACAGGACUCAUGUCAUCUGUAUAUGCACCUUAGUACACCAUUCAUCUUACUUAAACAAAAUGAAUAAGUGCAUAUUUGUUAUAGUUACUUUUACGGGUAAAAUUACUGUGACGCAUUAAGAACGCACGCGCACGCAAUUAUGCGUAUGCGUUCUUAUAUGCGAACGGUGGUCAAGCUUACUGCUAUGAUUGUUCAAUAUCUUGAUCUUUGUAGGUAAAUAGUGUUCCAGAGAAUAUAUGUAUAUAAAAGUUUUGAAGUGUUAUGAAAAUUAUAUUACCAUACAAAAGUUUUUUUUUUUAAAUUAAGUCUAUUGCCUCAAGUAUGUAUGUAAUAUAUAAGACCUGUUUUUAGAAGGUUAAUACAGGCUCAACUUAAUGACAUAUUUGUUUGUCUUUUUCUUAUUUAUAUAUGUAUACUUACUUAUACUGUUUUUGCUUAUUAUACAGGCUAGUAUACUAUUUGGACAAUACUUAACGCACAAAUUAAGAGAGUUCACGUCAAA